AUGAACACCCAAACCAACAGAUCCACCAACCAAAUCAACAAGGUCUUUGACACCAUCUCUGACUCGUUUUGCAAUCUUGCGCUCCUCAGCAUGGCAUCCAACUACAUUGAAAAGAAAGAAACUUCUGAAAACACAUACUGUAUCAAUAGAUCAAAGAGAAUGAAGCUUUGGCACCAACCAUCGGCGCAUGGAUGCCUCAAGGGUCGCAAGAGAACCAAAACCUGUUCGAAACGGGCCAAGCUCAGUUUCUCAGAAGAAGUCAAGGUUUAUGAAAUCCCAUCUCGUCACGAGUACUCAUCCCAGGAUAAAAGUCGUAUCUGGCGUGGUAGGAAAGAGAUUAAGAUGAAUGCAAAGCGCAAUCAUGUGGAAUUCUACACUGAGGGAGAAGAUUGGCGAAAAGUUGUCGAGGAGGACGAUAUGUACGUGGAUGAAGAGACCGGUCAGUUGAUCCACCCAUGUUGGGUUGAUGAUGAUGAGGAGGAUUCCUUUGACGACGAAUAUUCCUCUGACUACGAGGAGACGGCCUCAUGCUAA